AUGCUUCGCGUGCGAACCUCCUCGUUGCCCUCCGACUCACAGUCGUCGCAACAAUCGUGGCGCGGAUGGCCCGCAGCCGCCUCGUCCGUGGCGCGCCGCCAUGCCACGUCGCUCCGCCGCACGCUAAGCGUCGCGGCGCUGCCUCUGCUGCUCCUGGCGUACGUCGCGGUUCGGCUGACAAUCGCGCCGCAUUAUCGAAGCGCGCUGACCGAUCCCGGCGCGACGGCGAGGAAGCCGCGGCGCGUGGAGGCGCUGCGAGUGUUUAUCGUGCCGCUCGAGCCGGCCAUGAGCUUCGGGCUGCUGAAUGUGCGACCUCGGGCUGACCCCACGCUCCUGCACCCAUGCCAUCCCCGUCUUUCGUUUGUUCAGCUCACGUCGUCAUCACAGCUCGCCGUGAGCAUCCCCGCGCGCCUGGUGCCCACGUGGAACCGAGUCACCGGCAGCAACGUCCCCCUCCCGCCCUCCCUCGCUCUCACGCCCCCUGCUCUCGCUCUUUCUGCAGCCGCCCCCCCAUCCCCCUCUGUUGCUGCGCUGGCACAAGGCGAGGCGGGGGGCGCGCAGGGGGACGACCUGGGCGCGGCAGAGGAGGGGAGCGGGGAGGAAAAGGAGGAGGAGAUGGGUGUGUCCCUCCACGUGUCUCUUCUGUCCCCCUCUUGCUGCCCCCCCCCUCCCCUCCAUCACCUGCACUGCACUGCCCAUUCCUCUCGCGGCCUCCUCUGCACCGUGCUCCCUUCUCACUGCGCCCCCGUGCCUUCCGUCCUGCUCUCGUUGCUCCCCCCUGUGCGCCUGGCAGGGCUGCCAGCAGUGCGAGUGGUGGAGCACCCCUCACACGCGGACGCGCUCUUCCUGCCGCUCUUCUCCUCACUGCUGCUCCUCCGCAAGUUCGUCAAGGCCUCUUUUAAGGGGGGCGUGGGGGAUGUGAGGGGGAUGCACGUGGGUGGGUGGACGGGGGGUGUCAGAUGCGUCCCUCCACAUGCCACCCCAUUCUCAUCGCCGUCUGUUCCCCCCUCCUCCCCCAUUCCCUCCCUUCCUCUCCCCCCAAUCCUCUUCUCCUCUCCUUCUUCCCCCUUUCCCCCCUGUCCCUUUUUUCCCGUUUCCCCUUUCCCCCCAUUGCCCUGCGCGCGGCUGCCCUGCGUGCACGUGCGCCCUCCACCCCGCCCGCCCCCCUGCAGUGCCCCCCCCAACGCGUCGGCUGCUUUCUCUCUGCGCACGCCCCCCGCCCUGCUGGACUCCAUGCUCUCCUAUGUGGCAUCGCUGCUGCAGCAGCACCAGCCUGCACGGGCACCCCUGCCGCUGCUGCUGCCUGCCGUGCACGCGCAUGCGCUCGCCCCCGCCAAGCGCCAGCUCGCCUCCGCUCGCUUCUUCCUCUCUGAUUUCCGCCACUCCAGCCCCCAGGUGACCCGCACGCAUGGCAGGGGACAGGCGAAGGGGGGGGCGGGUUGCGGGAGGGAGAGUUGGGAAAAGGAGGAGAGAUGGGGUGACGCCCCGUGGGUUUCUUCCGCCACCCGCUCUUCAUGCUCUCGUCCCUUCCUGCCUCUCGUUCCUCCCUCCCCUUCCCCCCCAUGCCCCAUGGCCGUGCGUGCACGUGGGCGGGGUGAGCAGGCGGUGAGUGUGGGCAAGGACGUGCUGGUGCCGCUGCUGUCGCCCGUGCAGCCCGUGCUGGACGACACUGGCGAGUGGGCCCACCGCCCCACCCUCGCCUUCUUCCACGGCCAGCCGCAGACACAGGAGCGGGUGCGGCUGGCGGCGGUGCUGGCGAGCAGCAUGGACUUUGAGGUCACGGUGUGGGGCGACGUGCACAGCAACGAGCAGCACGAGCAGGAGAGGGCACGGGAGCUGCACGGCAUGCGCACCGCCAAGUUCUGCCUUCUGCUGCCGGGUGAGCGAGCGCCGCCCUCAUGCCCGCUCCUUGCCCGUGCACCUCACACCUCUGCUCUCCCUCCCAUCCCUCCCGUCCUCCCAUCCCUCCCGUCCUUCCCGUCCUUCCCGUCCCUCCCAUUCCUCCCAUCCCUCCCAUCCCUCCCAUCCCUCCCAUCCCUCCCAUCCCUCCCAUCCCUCCCCCUCCCAUCUCUGCCAUCCCUCCCAUCUCUGCCAUCCCCCUGCAUUGCCCGCUCUCCCCUGCGCCUGCCCCUCUCUGGUCAUGUGCGCUACCCCAUGCUGCCCUGCAUGCAUGCCUGUGAGCACGAGCAGGUGAGCUGCCGUGGUCAGCGGGGGCACUGGGCGUGGUCAAGCGCCACCAGUGGCUGCGCAUGUGGAACCGCCUUUGCGAGGUGCGCUGGGGGAGAUGGGGUGGGCGUGGCAGAGGGAAAAGAAGGGCUUGAGGGAGGGGCGUGCGGAGGGAGAGUUGUGGAAGGGGCUGGGGGCAGGGGUAAGGUCGAGUUCAGGGAGGGGGAGGAGUUUUAG